AUGGGCUACCCUGAUACUUUUGAAGGCUUCUGCGUCGACAGCCCCAAAUCAUGGAACAAGUUCCAAAAACAAACCCUCACCCCCAAAACAUGGGGUGAUCGCGAUAUCGACGUCGAGAUUGAAGCCUGCGGUGUCUGCGGCUCAGACGUGCACACCGUUACAGGCGGCUGGGGCGACUUUGAAGGUCCUCUCUGCGUCGGUCAUGAAGUCGUCGGCAAAGCUGUCCGUGUCGGCGACAACGUCAAGGACAUCAAAGUCGGAGACCGUGUUGGCGUCGGUGCCCAAGUCGCUUCUUGUUUAGAGUGCAAGCUCUGCAAGAACAAGAACGAGAACUACUGCCCUGAUAUGGUGGACACGUAUAACUGCACUUAUCCGGAUGGAAGUGUUGCGCAUGGCGGUUUUGCAUCGCAUAUCCGUGCUCACGAGUACUUCACAUUCAAGAUCCCUGAUGCCCUCAAAUCUGAGCAGGUUGCGCCUCUUCUCUGCGCGGGUAUCACCACUUACUCUCCCCUUGUGAGGGCAAACGUCGGUCCUGGAAAGACGGUUGCCAUCGUUGGUAUCGGCGGUCUCGGACACAUGGGUAUCCAAUGGGCAAAAGCACUCGGCGCUGAAGUCUACGCCAUGACACACUCUCCCUCAAAGGUGGAAGAUGCAAAGAAGCUCGGCGCAAAGGAAGUUAUCCUCACAACGGAUGAGAACUGGGCCGACAAGUACAAGUUCACAUUCGACUUUAUCCUCAACUGCGCCGACAUGACGCACAAGUUUGACAUGAGCGCUUACAUGUCCACGCUCAACGUUGGAGGCGAGUUUCACAACUGUGGUAUUCCGGAUGAGCCACUUCCUCAAGUGACUGCUGGUACAUUUGCUGCAAAUGCCGGUAAGAUCACUGGAAGCCAUCUUGGUAACCACCAGGAGAUGGAUGCUAUGCUCAAGCUGGCUGCUGAGAAGAACAUUGUUGCAUGGGUCGAGACGAUUGAUAUCUCGGAGAAGGGAUGUGCUGAGGCUGUUGAGCGUGUGAAGGAGAACAAGGUGCAUUAUAGGUUUACCCUGACCGGGUUUGAGAAGGUUUUCAAGAAGGACUAA